CCCAAAGGAGUGCGCGAAACCACUUCCUCUACAACGUAGCUAACAUGCGCCAUUGAAAACAAACUGUGCCGCAGUUAUUAGUUUUCUGUUAUCUUCUGCUUCAAAUUCGAAUUAUUUCGGAAUUUGGCUGUUAGAUUACAACCAUGGAAACUAUUCUAGAACAACAACGGCGCUACCAUGAAGAGAAAGAGAGACUUAUGGACGCCAAAACAAAAGAAAUGUUGCAUAAGAAAACUACGUUACGCGAUCAGAUUAACUCAGAUCAUCGAACCAGAGCGAUGUUGGAUAGAUACAUGGAAGUGAGCCAAAAUCUCCGAGACUCGUAUGACGACAAAGAUGGAAUGAGAAAGGAUGAACUAAACGCCAUUUCUGGACCCAACGAAUUCGCCGAAUUCUACAACAGACUCAAACAGAUCAAGGAAUUCCACAGGAAACAUCCCAAUGAGAUCUGUGUACCCAUGUCGGUGGAGUUUGAUGAGCUGGUGAAGGCCAGAGACAACCCCACAGAAGAGGCUCAGAACAUGGUGGAGUUCACAGAUGAGGAAGGCUACGGCCGUUACUUAGAUCUCCAUGACUGCUACCUAAAGUUCACCAACCUAAAGGGUUCCGAUAAACUGGAGUACAUCAGCUACCUGUCCUCGUUUGAUCAACUGUUCGAUAUCUCCAAGGACAGGAAGAAUGCAGAGUACAAAAAGUACCUGGAGAUGCUGCUGGAGUACCUGCAGGACUACACAGAGCGUGUCAAGCCCCUGCUGGACCAGAACGAGCUCUACGGAAAAGUCCUGGGCGAGUUUGAGAAGAAGUGGGAGAACGGCACGUUCCCGGGCUGGCCGAAAGAGACGAGCAGCGCGUUGACCCACGCCGGAGCCCAUCUGGACCUCUCUGCUUUCUCCUCCUGGGAGGAGUUGGCCUCCCUGGGUUUGGACAGGUUGAAGUCUGCUCUCAUGGCCCUGGGACUGAAGUGUGGGGGAACUUUGGAGGAGAGAGCUCAGCGGCUGUUCAGCACCAAGGGCAAAUCCCUGGAGUCCCUGGAUCCCUCCCUGUUUGCCAAGAACCCCAAAUCUAAAGGACCCAAAAAAGACACCGAGCGCAACAAAGAGAUAGCCUUCCUGGAGUCUCAGAUUUAUGAGUAUGUGGAAACCCUGGGGGAGCAAAGGCAGCUGACCCACGAGAACGUCCAGAGGAAGCAGGCCAGGACGGGGGAGGAGAGGGAGGAGGAGGAGGAGGAGCAGCUCAGCGAGAGUGAGAGCGAGGACGAGGACAACGAGAUCAUCUACAACCCCAAGAACCUACCGCUGGGCUGGGACGGCAAGCCCAUACCCUACUGGUUGUACAAACUCCACGGCCUGAACAUCAACUACAACUGUGAGAUCUGUGGAAACUACACCUACAGAGGGCCCAAGGCCUUCCAGAGGCACUUUGCCGAAUGGCGUCACGCCCACGGCAUGCGGUGCCUGGGCAUCCCCAACACGGCUCACUUUGCCAACGUCACCCAGAUCGAGGACGCCGUCUCCUUGUGGGCCAAGCUGAAGUCCCAGAAGGCGUCAGAGAGAUGGCAGCCGGACACAGAGGAGGAGUACGAAGACUCCAGUGGAAAUGUGGUCAACAAGAAGACCUACGAGGAUCUGAAGAGACAAGGCCUGCUGUAGAGCAGAGCACACAUGGCAGAGAGAUACAAAGCUACUCAUCCAACACACCUAGGAUUCUUUUUUUAACGUAAAUUCUUUGAUUUAAAUCCUUGUAUUUGUAAUUGUAAGAUGUUGUUUUUUAUUGACGUUAAAACCUAUUCCAUCCCCAACGCCUCAGAAGGGAAACAACCUUUGACUGAUUAAUAAAUUGGAGUGCUUUUUUUUGUCCAAAAAA